AUGCGUAUUCCAAUUAUCCUUGGAGGCUUAGCCUCAAUUGCUCUUGCUUGCGAUAACCCAGAUCACGAUGCUUGCGCUAAUGCUUUCACCGUUUCUGCGGCAGCUGCUGGUUCUUUCUGCGCCACAUACACUCAAUCGGCCAACACGGCAACGACCGAUCUUCCCGCUUUUGCUUCAGCAUGUGCAUACAAGCCAAAGAAAUUGUCUAGUGCAUGCAACUGCCUUAACGUACCCACCACUUUGGCUACUGUUUCUGUGAGUAUAGUCUAAAGAAUAUCUCGGGUCUGAAGUCCUAGACUAACAUGUACUGCAGAAGAGCUCAAGCGCCGCUGCCAGCGCCUCAGUCUCCGCGGCCGCCAGUGCCUCGGUCUCCGCCGUCAGUGCCUCGGUCACAGCUUUAACUCACGUAGCUGUAACGACCUCCGCUUCUAGCACCUUAGUCGCAUCUAGUGCAUCUGCAGCUAGUGCGACCAUCACACCGGCACCAUCCGCCCCAGCCGGAUGCACAGCAACAGCUUAUGCUGAUAUUGCCGCCAUUGUUGCCUCGUGCACAAACAUCGUCUUGGAUAACAUUUCAGCACCAGCAAGCUCCACCAUUGAUCUUCAAAAGCUCAAAGACGGAACUACCGUCACUUUCUCCGGAAAAACUACUUUUGGAACCACUGCCGAUUCCGACUUCAACCCAAUUGUUGUUAAGGGUAAAGACAUUACCCUUACUGGAGCUCCUGGACACGUCAUUGAUGGAAAUGGAGCUGCAUACUGGGAUGGAAAUGGUUCUAACGGAGGAACCAAAAAGCCUGAUCACUUCUUCGUCGUAAAGGAUGUCGUCAACGGUGUUAUCAGCAACCUCAACAUCCAAAACUGGCCUACUCACUGCUUCGAUAUCACCGGUGCCAAAGGUCUUGUCGUCUCAGGACUUACCCUUGAUAACUCUGCUGGAGAUGCUCCUAACUCGGCAUCUGGCACCAAAGCAGCCGCACACAACAGUGAUGGAUUUGACAUUUCCAAGUCUGACUCUGUAACCCUCAAGAACAUUGUUGUCAAGAACCAAGAUGAUUGCGUCGCCGUCACAUCUGGUUCUAACAUUCUUGUAACAGGAAUGGCCUGUUCAGGUGGACACGGUCUCUCUAUCGGAUCCGUCGGUGGAAAGUCCAACAACACUGUCUCUGGCGUUACCUUCUCCGACUCCACCAUCACCAACAGUCAAAACGGAUGCCGUAUCAAGUCCAACUCCGGUACCACUGGUACCAUCGAGAACGUUACUUACAGGAACAUCCAGAUGUCCAACAUCUCCAACUACGGUAUCGACGUUCAACAAGAUUACUUGAACGGUGGACCAACCGGCGAGCCAACAAACGGUGUUACCAUCGCCAACAUUGCUUUCUCCGGUGUCACCGGUACAACUACUAGCAACGCAUACAACUACUACGUCCUUUGCGGAAGUGGCUCUUGCUCCAACAUCAAAUUCACAGAUGUUAGCAUCUCUGGAGGUGGAAAGACCUCAAGCUGCAACUUCCCAUCUACUGGAUGCCCAGCAUAAAUCUCCAUUAUGAAUAUGGAUUGAUUUAAGGUGUGAUGAUAAGUGUUAGUCGUAGCAAGCUUGAUGAAGUGGAAUUCUAGAGAUCGCCCGGCUGUUGAAAUACACUUCUGUGUGUAUAUUUAGUUCUUGUAUAGCAUUCGAGAUCAACCGAUCUUUUGAAUAUUU